AUGUGGAACAAACGCUGCGUCUUGGCGCUGAUCGCCAGCUGCGUCUUGUGGCUGGCCCUGGCCACCAGAGAGGCCGCCGGCGAGACAAUGAUCGAGGUGGACGAGCACGGGGACGAGUACGAGCUGAAGCGCUUUCACAUCCAGGGCCGGCAGCUGAACGGGAAUGGCAGCAAGUCGCAGUGCGUGGUGACCAGGCGGAAGCGGGCCAGCGGUCGCUCCUUGGCGCUGGCCGGGCCCAGCGUCGCGGUCAGCUCACAGCAGCUCAGCCUGAGCGCGGUGCCGGCGGGCGUGGAGCAUCGUGAGGCGGUGCUGCAGCUGGAGCAGGAGCCGGGCAGCAAGCGUCGUUACGUGGCGCUGGCCGCGUUGCAGCUGGAGGAGGAUGACGAGGACGAUGAUGAUGAGGAGGAGGAGGAGGAUGAUCUGCAGGUGCAGUUGCAGGAGCAGCCGGUGGCCGUCAGCCAGCAGCAGCAGAAACAGUUCUCCGGGCAAAACUCCAGCCCCUUUGUGGGCGCCACCUUUGCCCAGGCUGUGCCCGGCGGCGUCAGCGUGGUGGCCAAUGCGGCCACCCACGCCAAUGUGGGCGGGGACGCGGGCAUCGUUGUGGUCGAAUCACAACAGCCGCCCAAGGUGAAUCCCAACACGCACGCCGUCUUCGAGCUGAAGCCGCUGUCGCCGCUAAAGCAGACGGACUUUGUCUACUACGGCGAGGAUCUGGAUCUGGACGAGGACGAGGAUGAGGAUGGCGGCGACGAUGGCUUCUACUAUCAGGGCGUGGGCCUCUACGAUGAGUACGAGCACUUCGUUACCGAGGACAGUCCCGUCAGCACCUCGGCCAUUUGGAGUACGGGCGGCGACGAUGACGGCGAUAUUCAUCCCGUUAUCAAUGAGCCCAAUCAGCGGCCGGUGGAGAGCAAGAAGAAGAAGAAGAAGCAGCAGCAGCAGGUGAAGCGCAGAAAGAGCGGACAGAAGAGAAAGCAGCAGCAGCAGCAGCAGCAGGAGAAGGAGAAGGAGAAGAAGAAGCGCCGCAAGACAAAGCCCACUCAGAAGAAGAAGAAGAAGAGCAGACCGAGCAGCUCCGUCAAUAAACGCCGACGUCCCAGCAGCAGCAGCAGCAGCAGCGGCAGCAGCGUCUACAGUUACAGCGACGCCAUGGGCGGCUAUAGACGCCGCCGGCCGCAGCAGAGCACGGAGGCGCAGCGCCGACGCCGGCUGCAGCAGAAGCGUCGCCGCCAGCAGCUGCAGCGCCGUCGACGUCGCCGCAACAAGAUACGCAACCAGAACAUUAACGGCGUCGGCGUCGGCUAUCGUCGUGAAUACUUCGGCGACGAGCCGAUCGUCAAUUGCAUUUACAUCAACAAGGAUCCGCCGGCGACGACGACGACGACGACGACGCCGCGUCCCUUCUGGAAUCUGCUGGGACGCGGCGCGCAGCCGCAGAGCGCUGCCGCGGAGCAGACGCUGCGUCGCCGCAGUGGCGAAUUCGGGCAGCGCAAGCGUACAAAUCUCAAAUUUGUGGCCUAA